AAUUUGUGUGAUACAGAGACAGACUGGUUCCGUUCUGUAAAUUGUGUUCAUUUGAGCGUGAGUGCGAUUGGGAACCAGGCAGGUGUACGGGUACGGAUUAUUGUGGACAUUUAAUUUCGAGGCGGAGUUCGGUCGGUCGUUUGUCCCAGUGUGGGAAAAGUUUGUUCCGCAAGAAUUCCUCGCCGAGGAAGAAUCGACAGUUUUAGGAGACGGCUGUGAAGGAAAGAGGAGACUUUUUUCAUCAUGACGAGCAGCAAGAAAGAUGUGAUUAUUAUCGGGGGCGGGAUCUCGGGAAUGUCUGCAGCAAAACUGCUGCAGGAGCAAGGGUUAGAUGUGCUGGUGGUGGAGGCGCGAGACCGACUGGGAGGGCGCACUUUCACCCAAGUGGAUUCCACUGUUGGGUAUGUGGACUUGGGCGGAUCCUACGUGGGCCCCACCCAAAACCGCCUCUUAAGAAUGGCCAAAGAACUCGGAGUGGAAAACUACAAGAUCCAAGAAGUUGAACGACUGGUCUGGGUAGACAACCAAAAAUGUUACCCCUUCACAGGAACUUGGCCCAGGUUCUGGAAUCCUUUGGUCAACAUUGACCUGAAUAACGCCAUCAGGGAGAUUGACAGACUGGGAGACAUGAUACCAGUGGAUGCACCCUGGGACGCACCCAACGCUGAGGAGUUAGACAGCAUGACGAUGAAGGAGUGGAUCGACAAGACAUGCUGGACAGAAAGCACUCGUCGUUUUCUAACGAUGUGCUGCAGUUUUAUGCUGGCAGCGGAACCUGCCGAGUUGUCCUGUCUGUUCUAUUGUUUUCACGCUAAGAAAGCGGCCAUACAUGUAUUGCAUCAUCAGGGUCCUGCGGAGGAUGGUGCCGAGGAACGUAAGUUUGUCGGUGGAUCGCAGCAGUUGAGCAUCAAGAUGGGAGAACGUGUGGGCAAGGACAACAUCAAACUUGAGAGCCCCGUCUCAAAGAUUGAGCAGAGCGAGGAGAAGGUGGUUGUCCAGACCAUCAACGGGGAUGUGUUUGAGGCCAAGUAUGUGAUCAUGGCUAUGGCUCCGUCUAUGACUCAACGCAUCCAUUACAGUCCUCCUCUGCCUCCCAGGAGGAACCAGUUGAUAGCCAGAGCCCCUGUCGGGAGUGUCAUCAAGUGCAUGGUGUACUACGACAGGCAGUGGUGGAAGGACAGAGAUUUCUGCGGGUCUACCUUCAAUGUGGAUCCAGCCAGCCCCAUGGUGUAUUCCUUGGAUGAUACCAAGCCUGAUGGUAGCUUCCCUGCCUUGAUCUGCUUUGUUGCAGCCAACAAAGCGAGAGAAUUCUGUGGCAUCAGCAAGGAAGAAAGGAGGGACAGGCUUUGCAAGGCCUACUUCAAUGCCUUCAACGGUGCGGAGGAGGCAUUGCAUCCCGUCAACUACGUGGAGAAAAAUUGGAUGGCGGAGCAGUACUCGGGUGGUUGCUACACCGCCACCUACGGGCCUGGCGUACUGACCCAACUUGGAAAGGAGCUGCGGAAGCCGUUUGGACGUCUGUACUUUGCUGGAACCGAGACUGCAACUCACUGGGCCGGGUACAUGGAAGGGGGUAUCCAGGCUGGGGAGCGGGCCUGUAGGGAGGUGUUGCACAGGAUGGGAAAGAUUGCUGAGAAUGAAGUCUGGCAGGAUGAACCAGAGUCCAAGGAUGUACCAGCGCUUCCCUUCGAAUCGACCUUCUUUGAGCGGAACGCGCCGUCUGUUCCUGGUUUGCUCAAGUUCCUGGCUCGUACUGCCAUCGCGUCAACCGCUGCUGGACUUCUUAUCGCCUGGCGUCUCAAGAACAAGUAAAUGGCACAGUCAAGGAGAAAGGAUUGUACCGGACGGGUGAUUCAAGCCCCAACAAUUCAUCUUUGUUUUCCUAGCGCCAGGUUUUAAUUUGUACUCAGACCGUACCGAGUUGGUCUUUAAAAAGAAGCUGCCUCAAAAGAUUACAAGUACAAUGUAACAAAAUUUGUUUGAAUACUGAGAAGAAAAGCUGGUUUCUGUAACUUGAAAUUCCAGAGAAAAAAAUAUUUGUCGUCUUUAUAAUACCCCUUCAUCAUUGUAUUCAGUAAGCAGGGGUUAGGUAUUGGUUGAAAUCUGAUCAUGGUGGAGUUAUUUUUAAUCCUGUUUUUAAUGGGUGAUAAAUAUACCAAAGAUUAUACUGAACUUUGUGAGAUGCCAAACAAACGUGGUGUGUUAGUUUUAUAACUCUACUACUGAUAUAGCUGCCACAAACCGUCAAAGAAUCUAUCUACUUCAUCUCUCGUAGCGUAUGUACAGGCUGGUCGUCAACUGUCAGAAUUCCACGGAUUAAACCACACAACAGUCUGAACCUGUUGAAGUGGUUUGAUACAUAGGGUGACCUUGAAUACUGCUACAACUUGUGUAGCAGCAUCUUAGAGGACAAUGCCUUUUUUUUUUGCUGGGAUAUGCACGAGUGUAUGUGUUCUACAUUACCCCCGAGGACAGACACACAAAGGGAGAACAACGGAUCAUUUCAGUCCUCAGGAGUUGGAUCUUUUGUUCAAAACGGUCCUCUGUAGUAGGUUCGUGUGCUUAGUCUAUGGAAGAGAGUGUUAUAUUAAAGGGACAAAGGGAAACACAAAGCAUUGUCCUCGGAAGUAUAGUAAUUCAAUAGUGAGUGAACCUGUUGUGCAUUCAUUACUACUGAUCUAAAUCCAUCAUUGACAGGCACUCACCAGCGCUGACCCACCACAUCUGUCAAUGUCAGUCAAGGCAUGGUACCCUCAGUUAACGAAACUACCACAGCAUGUCAAUUCUACCAAUAUGAGGCCAGUUUGCCGAAUUGUUAAAACCUGUCACCUGAUAGAUUUUUGACGGAUAGGGUAUCUCUCUCCAUAUUGUCACCGAGAGAGGGAAGAGAUAACAUUGUCCUUUGACUAAUACCGUGCAGCCUCACUGGUACCAUGCAGCCUCGAUUCGGACUGCUGAAAUGGGUUUAAAAAAAGCUGUCUGAGAAUCUCGUGAUGAAAUGCAUUGGUAAAUGGGUGCGUGUAAAAUUGUACAUGUGUGUUCAAUCCCUUUGAUUCCCUCAUUCAUCACAGUGCUGUUCUGCCCGUACUAUUAAUAAAUCGUCCAAUCAAGGCGCAUGAAAAAUCUGCCUGAACAAGCACUCAAGGUUUUAGGUAAGAGUUAGUUAACCUAUACUUGCAUGUAUCAUUGGUUUGUUGUUACUAAUACAAUGACUGUUUCAUGAAAUCUAUGUGUUUUGCUUUUCUUUCACAAUUUGCUCAAUUUUGUUGAUUUUUAUUUUUGAUUUGUCGUAGAAGUUUCCAGCAUGACAGCUUGGUUUUACCUAGGAAAGAUUACAGAGAAUGAACACGUAUUUAAUACGGACCAUGCGUGGCUUGAAAUAUUUGAAUGAAAAAUAAAUGUAGCUGCUUAAAAUCCACUUAUUACGCAUGCGUAGUUUUUAGCUCAAAGAACGCCAUCGAUACUUUGUGUUUAUUUUAUAAUUUUCUGUUUAUACUCUGAAUAAAUGGCAAUUAGUCGUUUCGUUGUAAAAUUUGAGGUUGAUUUUGAGAACGGAUGCUUUUGAGCAUAUGAGGAAAGUUUGUUUGCUAACACAAUUUAGUAGUUUUAGUAAAAAUGUAAUUGCCUUGAAAAGGUCGUUAACAGAAUUUUUGUUUUGGUUUGUUUCAUGAAGUUGAUAGGCUUGUUUGUUAUACACAAUCUGUGUUUUGCUUUUUUUUUCUCGGAAACUUAAACAAUUUCAUUAUUCCAAAACUAAGGCUGAAGUGAAUUUGGCAAUAACACUUGCAAAUGUUAACAAAAUCUCAUUAAUGGCUUGGAAUACUUUAGCAUUAGCAUAGAAAGCUAGAUAACAUAAUAUCUGUUUGUUUGUUGGUUGGGUUGUUGGGGGGGUGGGGGUGUUUGUUUGUUUGUUUGUUUGUUUGUUUUACAAAUGUAACACUUUGCUUUUAUGCCGGCUUCAAGUUGAUUUAAUAUUCCAAACCUUAUGGCUGAAAUGCAGUAAGCAAUGUACACCAGUGUUUGAGAAGAAAUUUCAAAGUGAUUUGGUUAAAAUGGAGCAUUAGAAAGAUAUAUUAUACAAUUUAAAUACAAGUAUAAAUAAUGGCAAACUAACAGAAAUAUUAGAAUAUUGAUAAUCAUGUGAUAUUUACAAAAACUUAACAUCUCAUAAAGUUUCUACUUGUAUGUACUCUUUAUUGAAAUGGUUUUUACAUCAAAUUUUACAUUUCAAAUUUCAAAUUGAAAAUAUUUUAUUACAUAUUUUCAAUUCAGGUAUUACAUGUAUUUCAAGUUUGCAUAAAAGAUGCUUAUGUUCAAUAUGUCUGCAUUCCAAUCAUGCAUUGUGUGAUAAAGUUUAAUACAGAACAAGAUUGAAAAAUAAAUAAAUGAAAUAUUUGCUCAGCCUAUGUA